CAACGGUUGCUGCACUCUCUGGUCCUGCUCUCCGCUCUUGGACAUGAGCCUCCGAGCCUCCUGCCUCCCACCCGGCGUCGCAGCGCUGCUCUUGGGGCUUCUGCUUCUGCCUGCUCUGGUUGCCCUGACCAAAGCCUCUCCAGCAAUCCCAGAGGACCCAGAAGAAGGAGAUAGAGACCUGCAAUGCCUGUGUGUGAAGACCACCCCCCAGUUCCACCUCAAGCACAUCUCCAGCCUGGAGGUGAUUAUGGCCAGUGCCCACUGUCCUACCCUCCAAGUGAUAGCUACACUGAAGAAAGGGAGGAAAAUUUGCUUGGAUCCUCAAGUCUCAAAGAAUAAGAAUAUUCUCAGGAAAAUUCUGAAGAGUCAGCUACAAGCUGCGUAAAUCCUUU